AUGAACGUACAAAUCAGCUACGACACCAACACCAAGAAGCUUGGGUUGCCCGAAGAGGUGGCGACCCAGCUUCCUCAGGUGAAGCUUGAGAUCGACCAGCUCAACAUCUUGACGCUGGAGCUCAUUGCCUCGGGCCACGACGUGCCCCAGGUGCCGUCGCCAGAGAACUUCAACCGGGACAUCAGUGUCAGAGUGAAGAAGUUGUACGACCUGGGGGUGCAGUCGUUCAAGAUGGGCAAGUUUGACGACGCUGCCCGCCAGUUCAGCUUGGGGAUCGAGAUGAUCCUGAGAAGACCUAAAUUCGAGCUGUUCCAAGGCACGCUUCAGGAGUUGUCGCUUUUCCUCAUGCUGAGAGCUGACGCCUAUCUCAAGACCGGUCAAUACUUGGACGCUUUUAAUGACGCCGACAUGUUGUUGGGGAUGAUGAUGAACACCCCCGAUAACUUUUUGAGACGGGGUGUGGCCAACUACUUUUUGGGUAACUAUGAGGCUGCCCGUGCCGACUACCAGCGCGGCCUCGCCUUUGACCAAAACAACGACCGCUUAAUCACUGAGUUGGAGAUCUGUCUCGACAAAAUUCUCGAGGAGAAUGGAGACUACUUGUAA